CCUAAAAGUUCGUAACCCUUCCCAGGUUGAAAAAUUGUUGAAGAUGACAGCAUUGAUCGAUAACACUGAGGUUUUGGUCCAGCCACAUCCAAACCUGAACGUUAGUCGCUGCGUCAUUUCCUGUUUCGAGUUGAUUGACAUGGAGGAAAAAGAUGUACUGCUGGAACUUAUCAGGCAGGGGGUGAUUCGUGUUCAACGAAUUACGCGUAAUGAUAACGGUAGCCGUGUCAACACGUCCACUUUAAUUCUUACUGUUGCUAAAUGUAAUUAUCCCGACAAUUUUAAGAUUGGUCUUUUGAGUGUUGCUACCCGGCCUUACUACCCAAACCCGCUGCUAUGUUAUGGUUGUUUCCGUUAUGGUCAUCCACGUGUCCGUUGUCCUGGUCCACAACGUUGUCUGCAUUGUUCCGCCGAGCGCCAUGUUGAAGAGAAUGAGGAAUGUGGAGAAGCUGCCCACUGCAUUAACUGUGGAGGACCGCAUCGUCCGAACAAUCGCCAGUGCCCCGUUUACAAAAAGGAGACGGAUGUUAUCCGUAUCAAGGUCGAUCGCAAUCUCACGUACCCGGAAGCACGCAAGCAGGUUGAAGCAGGAGUGAGAAGCUACGCAGCAGCAGCAGCCCAGCCAAGUGUCGAUCGUCAAAAGCUCGAACAACUCGAGAAAGAGAUGAAGAAGAAAGACGCCCAGAUUGCCAAUCUGUUGGAAGCAAUGAAGCGAAAGGACGAGAAGAUCGACAAGCUGAUAUCCCAUAUCAAGAACAUGUGCCAUGCAGAAAGCCAACCAGCUCAACAACCACAACAGCAGCAGCAACAACAGCAGCAACAACAGCAACAACAACAGCAACAACAACAGCAGCAGCAAGUCAGAGAGUCGCGAGCAGCGGGACCAUCCAUGCAUCUAAGGACCCGCUCACCUGCAGUUGUAGAACCGAAACAAAGUCAACCUGGGAAGAAGAAAAAACGCAACAAGUCGAACAAUACAUCACCCGGUCGCCAAAGUCCUCCUUUGAAGAAAGUAAUCGCCGAACAAAACCCACCGCACGAUUCCGAAGCUGUAAGUAUCGACGAGGAGUCUGAAAUCGACGAAACGCCCCCUAGCCAGCAAAAUCGACGACAUCAACUCCUCUAAUUACACAAUGAGCAGCAUUAAUGACCAAGCAACGAACACGGACAACGAUUUGGACCAUCGAUUUGGAAGCAGGGAAUGUGUAGUACCUCUUCCACUCUCACAAGCGAGAGCGCAGCAGGUGGGAGGAUCUGUCCGGG